AUGAGAUCCGAUGUUCCUGGACUAGAAAAGCUGCCUCCAGUGCCAGAUGUUGAAACAGAUAUCAAUAAAAUUAUUGAUAAAAACCGUUGGAAAAAUAGUAAGAUGUGGAAAAUAGGAGUUUCAACCAAGCAGAAGCAGGAAUUUAAAGAGAGAAUAUUUAAGCGUGCAAAUGCACUUGAAAAGUCUAUUCGUAAAAGGACUGUAAGCUAUGAAUUCAAAGGAGUGCCUCGUAAGCCUGAACAUUAUGAGAAAGAACUCAAAGAACUUAUAUUAGCUGCUCCAGUUGAUUCUUUGCCACAGAAGAUAAUUGAUAGAAUUAUAAAAACCUUGUCUAAGAAUUUCCAAAAUUUUGAUCAAACAAGUCCUAUUUUUCUAACUGAACUUGAAGAAUUAAAACUCGGUUAUGAAGAUAUGAUGAAAUCAGUUCGAAUUGCAAGAAGAACGCCAGAUUCUCCACCAUUUUUCGUUUAUCUAAAAGUUGAACCAGUGGAGACUUUUGGCAUUGUUACUUGUGUGCCUUCUUUUGAGCAAUUUCAAGAAAAAAUUUUAAAUCUGAUUGAAAAAGUCAAUCAAGUUUUGUGUGAAGUGCCUUCACUAGAGUCUUGGAUGCAAAAUGAUGAAUAUGAACUGAAACUGAAAGUUUCUGUAACAGAAUUUUAUAUGAAUGAGCUGAAAAAUGAAUUCAAAGUUCAUUUAAAGAUGCAUUAUGAAAAAAUUUGGGAGUUGUCUGAUUUCUGCUUGCAGAAAUUUGAUUAUAUUUUAUCUGCUAAAGCAUUUAAUGAAGUUGAAGCAUUUCUUGAAAAAGAAUAUAGUUUUUCUGACGUCUGCAAGCAACUUAAUUUUUAUCUUGAGAAGAGAAAAGAAGUUAACAACUUGUGGAAUCAUAGGGUAUUAAUAUUAUUUCAUGUGGAUUUUAAAACCUUGAAACACCAGCUUAUUGCAUUGCAUGAUAAUCUUGUUGAACAACUAAAAAGUGCAGCAACAAAAUUACUGCGGAACCUUAAAAAAAAAAUUUGUUCAGAAUUUGAAACAGUGAAGAAAACUCUCUUGACUGUUCCAGCAACAGCUAAGGAAAUGGUUGCUUUAUUUCAUUACUUUGACAAUAUGAAAAAGAAUGAUUUUGACUUAAUGUUAGAGAAAGUAAAGGAUGCUUUACUUAAAACGUCAGAGCUCAUGAAACUUAUACCAUUAGAAUCUGAUGAUGUAAAAUUAAAUAUUGAAAUGUUGAUGUGGCCUCAGAAAUUCAAUCCCAUUUUCAAGGAAUGUUCAAAGAUCUUAGAAGAAUCAAAAUUGCGUUUUGAAGAUAAGCUGGCAGCUGCCAUAAAGAAAGUGAAAGUUGAUUUACAAAACCUUGCUGAACAUGCUGCUGAUCUGGAAACUCUGGGUGAUAUUAAUAUGGUCCAAGAGUAUAGAAAAGAAGCUAGGAAUUUAGUCAAGCGUGUAAAGGCUACUGAAGCAGCAAUAGCAUGGAUAAAUGAAGAAGAGUCAUUAGCAAAACAAGCUCCUACUUCAUAUCCUGAAGUUACAACAAUAUUAGAUGUCAUAGAACCUUUUUCCCAGCUGUAUCAGUUAUAUGUUGAAUGGGAUGAAGCUGAAAAAGAAUGGAUGGAUGGUGCAUUCUAUGAGUUUGAUUCUGCUGCUAUUGAUGCUAAAGUAUCAGAGUUUAAAAUUGAGGCUUUCAAAAUCAAGAAAUGUUUACAAAAGUUAUUGAAGGAAAAACUGAAGGAAUCGAAGAAAAACAUAGUCACUGAAGAAAUACUUCCACCAUUGAAAAUAAUAGAUAAUGUUAUUAAAAGAAUCACUAAAUUUGCACGUUUUGUUCCUGCUAUGAUCGUUCUUUGUAACCCUGGCAUGAAAAUACGUCACUGGAAGAUGGUGUCAGAAAUUGUUGGCAAACGGGUCAUACCUGAUACAUCAACUACUUUUAAAGAUCUUAUUGAAAUGAAAGUUCAUGAGUAUGUGGAUGAAAUAACUCCUAUCAGUUCUAAAGCUUCCAGGGAACUUGGCCUCGAGAGAGCUCUGAAAAAAAUGAAAGAAGAGUGGCAAGAUGUUGAAUUUAUAACUAUUCCUCAUAGAGAUAGUGGAACCUUUGUUUUAUCUUCUGUUGAUGAAAUCCAGACACUUCUUGAUGACCAUAUUGUAAAAACUCAAGCUAUGCGGGGUUCACCAUUCGCAAAACCAUUUGAAAAUGAAAUUAAGGAAUGGGAAGACAUCCUAAAAUUAACACAAGAUACUAUUGAUGAGUGGUUGAAAGUUCAAAUGCAAUGGCUGUAUUUAGAACCAAUUUUCUCGUCUGCUGAUAUAUUACAGCAAAUGCCAAGAGAAGGAUCAUUAUUUCAAAGAGUGGAUAUUUUAUGGAGGACUGUUAUGAAAGAAACACAUGAAAAGCCUAAUGUCUUGAGCAAUACAUCUGUACCUGAAACAUAUUCUACUCUUUGUGACUGUAAUCAAAUGCUGGACAGAAUCAACAAAGGCUUAAAUUUUUAUUUAGAAAUGAAAAGAUUGUAUUUUCCGAGGUUCUUCUUUUUGUCGAAUGAUGAAAUGUUGGAGAUUUUAUCCGAAACCAAAGAUCCUUUGCGUGUUCAGCCUCACUUGAAAAAGUGUUUUGAAGGUAUAUCGAGCUUAGAUUUUGAUGAGGAUUUAAAAAUAAGAGGCAUGCUAAGCAGUGAAGGAGAAAUGGUAUUCUUUGCAAGCGUGAUUUCCACAAAAGAAGCUAGAGGACAAGUUGAAAAGUGGCUUUUACAGGUUCAAGAUAUAAUGUUGACAUCUGUUAGAAGUGUUAUUCUUGAUGCUCAUAAGGUAAUUACAUGUAUCACGUUAUAUCUUUGUAAUCAUUAAUGCUUAAGUAUAAUGAAAUACCCCUUUAUUUUUG